GCGAGGGGGGGAAGGGGAAAAACGAGAAAGGAGAUUGGCCGACGGCGAAGCUGGAAGAUUGAAACUGUCAUAGCACGCAUGCUUUUGAUUGAUAGCAUUUCAUUUCGUCUGAGUGGAUCGACGCGAUCCCAGCUGUAAACGACUGAAAAGACUGAAACGAUAGCGACAAUGUUGGGGGGAAGAGAGAGAUGGAACCGGUACCCAGGGGGCGGCAUUGCCGCAGGGCACAAGAAUGAAUACAGGCUUGGUGUGCUGAUCCGGAAUUGGGUAGAGGAUGAGCACGCACGCCAGAGGUGGUAUGCAAAUAGAGGCCGUUGCCGGAACCCCCUGGAAGACCUAGCAGUCAACGGCCAGUUUUAUGGCGUGACAACCCACAUGGCGUCAUUUCGCCCAGAGGGGAAAACUGGACAGGACUUGCUGCUGCAGUACAACCGCCGCGAUCUGGACCCUCACUUUGGUGAGAAGAUGCUGAUCUAGGGCUCUUUCAGGCAAUUCACAUGUAUGGUGAUUGCAAUCAUUGUAUUGAUGAAAAUGUGCAUGGACUGUAGUUAUUUGUUCUCAGCCUGUUCCGUGGAAAAACCGCCAUGAAAAAAUAAAAACACAGUGUGAAGAAUGAAAUGAAACGGUAACAGACUG